AGGUAACAUCAUGUUGGGUGAGAACCAGGCAGGAAGGAGUGGUCUCAGACCAGAAGCAGCAGUCAUGGUUUGGAGAGCAGGCCUUCUAUUCAGCAUACUGCUAGCUACAGCCACACACACCCUGUCUGCCAGCUUCCCAGAGGAUAGUAUACCCCUGGACAUUGUCGACGCACACUGUGAGUACACACACACACACACACACACACACACACACACACACACACACACACACACACACACACACACACACACACAGACAUACUGCACACACAUGCACGCACGCUUGCACGCACCCUGUUGUCAUUAAUUAUGUGUCCCAUUGUCCUGCAUGUAUCAGUGAACAGUGUAUUGAUGGUGUACUGUAAGGUCUUCAUGGUAAUGUAAUGUGCUGACUUAUCAGACAUUGUAUGCCCCCGUAUAAAAUCAAUCCUGUCCAUCGUCAGCUCAGGCAUUAACUAGAUUCCCUUCCUCUGUGAUGUACACAGGGAAUACAAAGACUGCUGAGCUGGCCUACCGUAACUCUCACAAACACACACACACACACACACACACACACACACACACACACACAGAGUCUUGUACAACUAACCUUGUAGGGACAUACAAUUCAGUCCCAUUCAAAAUCCUAUUUUCCCUAAACCUAACCCUAGCUCCUAACCCUAAACCUAAUUCUAACCUUAACCCUAAACCCCCUUAGAAAUAGCAUUUGACCUUGUUGGUCAAAAAACAUUCUGUGUACUAUACUUGUGGGGACUUCUGGUCCCCACAAGUAUAGUUAAACAUGUCCACACACACACACACCACCGUGCUGUAUCAGCAGCCUGCAUUACAUUACUGAAAGAUUUCUAUAAAGCUGUAACACACGACAUGUUUACGCUUAAUCAAUAACCUGAUUGCUAGUGUGUGGCCCUCUGAGAAACAGAGAAGUGUGUGUGUGUGUGUGUAGCACUCUGAAAGCUUACGUGUGUGUGUGUGUGUGUGUGUGAUCUCUGACUAACGUGUGUGUAUGUGUAUUUCAGUCUCGCGGCAGUACCCAGUGUUCCGAGGUCGUCUGUCGGGGAACGAGUCACAGCACAGACUGGACUUCCAACUGAUGACCAAGAUACAGGAUACACUGUUCAUCGCUGGCAGAGACCAGGUGUAUCUAGUGAGUCUCCGAGAAUCCUACAGGAAUGAGAUCAUUCCCUACAGGGUAAGUCUGUCUAACCACAAGUUAAUCACAGAGUUACACACAAUUCCUCUGUAGAAAACACUACCUCAUCAAUCACACAAUUAACAGGCUAUAAAUGAGAGUGGAAAUGGGUCUUUCUAAAAUAAUGGGGCCAAUGUGUGACAUUGGGAUCAACAUUUCAAAAUGGUUUCAUGCAGUUCCUCAUGUGUAAAUAGAUUGGAUGCAUGCAUGGCCAUUUUUCUGUAGCCUAUGUGGCUUACGCAGGGAUACAUAAUAAAGCCAUGAAUAGCGGUAGCUUUAAUCUCACCAUUUGAAUCUCACCAUCGCUGUUUUUAUAAUGAGAAAGUGACCAAAAACCAGGUUCCUUUUUUAAUGGAAGAAUUUGUAUGGGAAGCCAACAGAUGUUCUCGUUUACAUUUUAGUCAUUUAACAGGCGCUCUUAUCCAGAGCGACUUACAGUAGUGAGUUCAUACAUUUUCAUACUUUUCUUGUACUGGUCCCCCGUGGGAAUCGAACCCACAACCCUGGUGCUGCAAGCGCCAUGCUCUACCAACUGAGCCUCAUAAUAACCGCACAUGGUUUUUCCACAACAGAGUAGAGCAACACCCUUCAAUUGAAGCGGCGGGAAACAAAUGAAAGUGACCACAUCUCUCACAAAAACGGAUCAAAAUGAAAUCACAGAUAAUUAUAAGGGAGCAGGAGAACUUAUAAAUUGGCUACAAUAAUUACAAGUACUUUUCAAGCACCAGAUUGAGGAAAUGUCUGAUUUUCAAGGUAGGCCUAUUCCAGGUCUUGAAUUUCUGAGCUCCAAAUUCAAGUUCAAGUAGGUUACUUCAAGCCCCUUGUAUUGUUUAAAAUUGCAGGUAUAACAUGGAAAACAAAAUGUAUUUGUCAUGUUAUUUCAUUACCAGAUCCUACUGUGAAUGUCAUUUGUUGUCAUUAUAUCCGGAAUAAUGAAUAGGAAUAGUGUUAGGUGUUGCGCACAGUAGACUCAGUGUCCAAUCCGCGGCACAAAAACAUAUGAAAACAUGAACUCAUUACCUUUAAUGUUUUCUUUGUUAAAAUCUAAUGAGACCCUGCUGUAAAUCAAGCAGAUAACAACAGGUGAUCAACAUCAAUUCACUAGGGAUAUUAGAUCCAACGUGGAUCCAGGAACAACUGUCUUCACCGGUGUAACAAAUGAGACACCAAAAUAUUCUUGACAUUUCUCGCAAACACCUGUUUUCCAGCACUUGGGCUCUUGUUGGUCCUCUGUAGCUCAGCUGGUAGAGCACGGCGCUUGUAACGCCAAGGUAGUGGGUUCGAUCCCCGGGACCACCCAUACACAAAAAUGUAUGCACGCAUGACUGUAAGUCGCUUUGGAUAAAAGCGUCUGCUAAAUGGCAUAUUAUUAUUAUUAUUAUUAUUGUUGCAUCGCAUGCGCUAUCACAACAGAUGUUCGUUCAUCACUUGACGGAAAUUCCUUCCUGGAUCAGAUGAUGUAAGACAAUAUCACGGCGUAACUAAUCAACUGGACACCAAAUGCGCAUCCAACAAGUAUUAUGCAUAAUUAUUGAAGAACCACGUUAAUGACAGUAUCAAUUUAGGUUUUAAGUAUCAAGGUAAGGUGACUCUUUCGGUUAGAAGCAUUCGAUUUUGCAAUCGCAUACAUCAUUUGGGAUUUGUGUGCCCAUAAAAACUGUUUUCAACACGUAACAUAAGGAGACACGAAAUGUUACGUAGUUACACUGCAUUUCUGAGAUCACUAUACAAAAAAACUGUCCAACAGCUAGAUCCAGGAUUCUUACAGGGUUAAAGUUCAAUGUCUAAUUUAACAGAUUCAUGCUUAAGAUAUGAUAUAACGACACUUACACUGCCAUAAAUGCAAGGACAGAAAAGUAAUGUUUUAUGUCACAUGAUUUUGGACAGAUCCGUCAAGACGCCAACCAUGAUAAAGGGUUAAACAGGUUUUAAAUCAACUUGUGAAUUUGAUUGAAUAUAGCUAUGAUCCCCCCUUAUAUCUUCAUGUAAUGACAUGAAAGAAAAUGGGCAGAUUAUUAUCAAUGACUUAUCAACAACUGUAACAAGUUGUCCAGUGUAGGAAAUCCCAUAUACUAAAGUGUAUGUGUGUGCUUGCCUGAAUGUGCAUGCCACAAUGUGUGUGUGUUUCUAAAUGUGUGUGGGUGUGUGUGUGUGUUCAUGUUUACAGAAGUUAACAUGGAGGUCAGGCGAGGCAGACAGAAAGAACUGUGCCAUGAAGGGGAAACACAGAGUAAGACUUUACUAUACUUAUUAUUAUACUAUGUUUCUAUAAUUACUAUACACUGCCUUUCUACUGUCUACUAUAUACUCUCUCUACCCUUGGCUUUACCUCUCACCUCAUAAUGUCUUAUCAUUAUAGCUACUGGCUAUAGCUACCAUUUUAAUUACUGGCUAUACCUACCAUUAUAGCUAAAUGGGUUUAGCAGGAUCUCUCUUCCAUCUCUCCUCUCAUCUCCCAUCUCUCAUCCUCUCUCCUUCCCAUCUCUCGCUAUCUCUCUCUCUCUCUCUCUCUCUCUCUCUCGCUCUCUCUCUCUCUCGCUCUCUCUCCCUUCCCAUCUCUUUCCCUUCCCAUCUCUCUCUCUCUCUUCCCAUCUCUCUCUCCCUUCCCAUAUCUCUCUCUCUCUCUCUCUCUCGCUAUCUCGCUCUCGCUAUCUCUCUCUCGCUCUCUCUCUCCCUUCCCAUCUCUCUCUCUCUCUCUCUCCCUUCCCAUCUCUCUCCCUCCCCCUCUCUUUCUCCUCCAGGAUGAGUGUCAUAACUACAUCAAGGUUCUGGUUCCCAGAAAUGAUGACCUGGUGUUCAUCUGUGGAACUAAUGGCUUCAACCCCAUGUGCCGAUACUACAGGGUAAGACAACAGCAGAGUGUGUGUGUGUGAGAAACGUUCUCUCUCCCUCCUGCUCUGCCUCGAUAAGCACCAAUUGUUUACUAUGCAGUCUGUGUGUCUUUGUUAACGACGCGUGUGUCUUUGUGUGUAGCUGGAUAACCUGGAGUUUGACGGGGAGGAAAUCAGCGGACUGGCACGAUGCCCGUUCGACGCCAAGCAGACCAACGUCGCUCUGUUCGCUGGUAUGACCACAUACACACACACACACGCGCAUACUGUGGCCAUAGCAACUAGGGUUCAUAAGGUGCCACAUUGUCAGUGUGUAAACAAACAGUUUGAACUAGGGUGCUAGAUCGACAUGUCCAGUAUGACAGAAUGCAAUGUGUUUGUCUGACCUGUGUGUGUGUGUUGUUUCAGACGGGAAGCUGUACUCGGCGACGGUUGCUGACUUCCUGGCGAGCGACGCAGUGAUCUACCGUAGUAUGGGUGACGGCUCGGCCCUCAGGACCAUCAAAUACGACUCCAAAUGGCUGAAAGGUAAACACAGCAGUGUGUGUGUGUGUGUGUGUGUGUGUGGUGGCAGCCGUCUCUGUCCAUGUCCCUGUCCUGUGAAGACGUCCUGUAGCUCUACUCUGUCAGACUAUCUAGGUCAACUCUGUCACACACAGCUGUUACAGGAACACUGAAAUAUUCAGGAUGGAGGGAGAGAGGGAAAUAGGGAGAGAGAAAGAGAAGUGGGGAAGGAGGGAGAGGGGAGGAGAACAGAGAGAGAGGGAGAAAUGGUUAGGAGAGAGACAGAGAGAGUCUGAAGGGAGGACAGAGAUAGUUAUGUAUAGAAAGAGGUACAAGUAGAAAUGGAGGGAGAGACAAAAGAGACGUGACAAUGUAAAACCUCUGUCCCCUCUCUCUUCCAGAGCCCCAUUUCCUGCAUGCAGUGGAUUAUGGGAACUACGUCUACUUCUUCUACAGAGAGAUCGCAGCGGAACACAACAACCUGGGCAAGGUAAGACGCACACACAUACGUACACACGCAAACACGCACACAUAUGUGCACACACAGUUUACUAGACAACAUUGUGUAUUAUAAAUAUGUAUUUAUUAUAAAUAGUAAACACUAUAUUACCAGACAACAGAUAGUGUUGUAGAAAAGUGCUGAGUACAACAGAAGGUAGUGACUGAACUGUAGGUCAAACUACUUUACAUGUAAACCCUUUACCCAUGGAGAGGAUUCACACACACACACACACACACACACACACACACACACCCUUGGUGGUAAUGGAUGUUUUCUGCAGCUAUUAGUAUGAUUUAGCCGCCGCGGGCCUCAGAUUUACCCAUGAUGCAUCAUUCAGAGAAUGGGCGGCCAGGCUGAAACCGCGGGCUGAUAAAUAUUUUAGCGCUAGUAAUGCUGGCGUUUGUGUAUGUCCCUGUGUGUGCGUGGCGUACGUGUGUGUGUGUGUCAAUGCUGAUGGGCCUGGGAUGACACCUGGGCAGAUGGAGCUUUGCACUGGUCAAUUAUUAAAGCUGUUUCUGCUGACUGCUUCACACACUUCAUUUAAACCACAAUACUCACCCAGAGCUCUAGCCCUAGUCCCCCACAGCCCAACAGUCCAACACCGAGCUCUACCCCUAGUCCCCCACAUCCCUGUCCUAUAGCCCAGCCCUGGACUUCUACCCUAGACUUCUACCCUAGACUUCUACCCUAGACUUCUACCCUAGACUUCUACCCUAGACUUCUACCCUAGACUUCUACCAUAGACUUCUACUCUUAGACGUCUACCUGGUCCUAGCCUCAUUUACCGCAACACUGUAAAACCUAUAACUCUCCUCCUAGCCUCUAUCAUAUAGCCCAGUCCCAGUCCUAUAGCCCAGCCUCUAUCAUAUAGUCCAGUCCUAUAGCCCAGCCUCUAUCAUAUAGUCCAGUCCUAUAGCCCAGCCUCUAUCAUAUAGCCCAGUCCCAGUCCUAUAGCCCAGCCUCUAUCAUAUAGUCCAGUCCUAUAGCCCAGCCUCUAUCAUAUAGUCCAUUCCUAUAGCCCAACCCCUAUCAUAUAGUCCAGUCCUAUAGCCCAGCCUCUGUCAUAUAGUCCAGUCCUAUAGCCCAGCCCCUAUCAUAUAGUCCAGUGCUAUAGCCCAGCCUCUAUCAUAUAGUCCAGUCCUAUAGCCCAGCCUCUAUCAUAUAGCCCAGUCCUAUAGCCCAGCCUCUAUCAUAUAGCCCAGUCCUAUAGCCCAGCCUCUAUCAUAUAGUCCAGUCCUAUAGCCCAGCCUCUAUCAUAUAGUCCACUCCUAUAGCCCAACCCCUAUCAUAUAGUCCAGUCCUAUAGCCCAGCCUCUGUCAUAUAGUCCAGUCCUAUAGCCCAGCCUCUAUCAUAUAGCCCAGUCCUAUAGCCCAGCCCCUAUCAUAUAGUCCAGUGCUAUAGCCCAGCCUCUAUCAUAUAGUCCAGUCCCAGUCCUAUAGCCCAGCCUCUAUCAUAUAGUCCAGUCCUAUAGCCCAGCCUCUAUCAUAUAGCCCAGUCCUAUAGCCCAGCCUCUAUCAUAUAGUCCAGUCCUAUAGCCCAGACUCUAUCAUAUAGCCCAGUCCUAUAGCCCAGCCUCUAUCAUAUAGCCCAGUCCUAUAGCCCAGACUCUAUCAUAUAGCCCAGUCCUAUAGCCCAGCCUCUAUCAUAUAGCCCAGUCCCAGUCCUAUAGCCCAGCCCCUAUCAUAUAGCCCAGUCCUAUAGCCCAGCCUCUAUCAUAUAGCCCAGUCCUAUAGCCCAACCCCUAUCAUAUAGUCCAGUCCUAUAGCCCAGCCUCUAUCAUAUAGCCCAGUCCCAGUCCUAUAGCCCAGCCUCUAUCAUAUAGCCCAGUCCUAUAGCCCAGCCCCUAUCAUAUAGUCCAGUCCUAUAGCCCAGCCUCUAUCAUAUAGUCCAGUCCUAUAGCCCAACCCCUAUCAUAUAGUCCAGUCCUAUAGCCCAGCCUCUGUCAUAUAGUCCAGUCCUAUAGCCCAGCCUCUAUCAUAUAGUCCAGUCCUAUAGCCCAGCCUCUAUCAUAUAGUCCAGUCCUAUAGCCCAGCCCCUAUCAUAUAGUCCAGUGCUAUAGCCCAGCCUCUAUCAUAUAGUCCAGUCCUAUAGCCCAGCCUCUAUCAUAUAGCCCAGUCCUAUAGCCCAGCCUCUAUCAUAUAGUCCAGUCCUAUAGCCCAGCCUCUAUCAUAUAGCCCAGUCCCAGUCCUAUAGCCCAGCCUCUAUCAUAUAGCCCAGUCCUAUAGCCCAGCCUCUAUCAUAUAGUCCAGUGCUAUAGCCCAGCCUCUAUCAUAUAGCCCAGUCCUAUAGCCCAACCCCUAUCAUAUAGCCCAGUCCUAUAGCCCAGCCUCUAUCAUAUAGCCCAGUCCUAUAGCCCAACCCCUAUCAUAUAGCCCAGUCCUAUAGCCCAGCCUCUAUCAUAUAGCCCAGCCCCUAUUAUAUAGUCCAGUCCUAUAGCCCAGCCCCUAUCAUAUAGCCCACUCCUAUAGCCCAGCCCCUAUCAUAUAGUCCACUCCUAUAGCCCAGCUCUUUCCUAGUUCUAGGUUAAUCAGACUGGGUCAAGAGGUGUGUGUGAAUCAGGUUUAGGGUCAAGAGGUGUGUGUGAAUCAGGUUUAGGGUCAAGAGGUGUGUGUGAAUCAGGUUUAGGGUCUAGAGGUGUGUGUGAAUCAGGUUUAGGGUCUAGAGGUGUGUGUGAAUCAGGUUUAGGGUCUAGAGGUGUGUGUGAAUCAGGUUUAGGGUCAAGAGGUGUGUGUGAAUCAGGUUUAGGGUCUAGAGGUGUGUGUGAAUCAGGUUUAGGGUCAAGAGGUGUGUGUGAAUCAGGUUUAGGGUCAAGAGGUGUGUGUGAAUCAGGUUUAGGGUCAAGGUUUAGGGUCAAGAGGUAUGUGUGACUCAGGUUUAGGGUCAAGAGUUGUGUGUGUGUGUGAGGCGUUUGUUCAAUCGGAGCGCUUCAAACAAAUGUCCUCUCUGACACAAGGUCCUGGAUAAGCGUCAGUGUGCGUCAGUGUGCGUCACACUGUGAGGCCACCGGAUGAGGAAGAUGUAUUAUUUAGAGGGUGGAAGUGUUUUAGUGAUGUUGAUUCCAGAGUCUCACUUUUUCUCUUCUCUCCCUCCCCUGCUCCCCCUUUCGUCUCCAGGCGGUCUACUCCAGAGUGGCUCGUAUCUGUAAGAACGACGUAGGCGGGUCCCAGCGUGUGUUGGAGAAACACUGGACGUCCUUCGUCAAGGCCAGACUCAACUGUUCUGUUCCCGGAGAAUCCUUCUUCUACUUCGAUGUUCUACAGUCUAUCACUGACAUCAUCAACAUCAACGGAGUUCCUUCUGUGGUGGGAGUCUUCACUACACAGAUGAACAGGUAAGGAUGGACACACUGAGCGUGUAUCCCAAAUGGCACCCUGUUCUCUUUAUAGUGCACUACUUUUGACUAGGGAGCAUAGGGCUCUGGUCAAAAGUGGUGCACUAUAUGGGGAAUAGGGUGCCAUUUGGGAUACACUCUUUGUAAUAUUGGUGUAAUAGAUGUGUUGUUAUUGUGAAUCUCUUGGGGUGUGUGUUUUCUCCAUAUCUAGUUAAUAGUAGUUGUGUAACAGUGUGUGGUUGUGUUCCUCUCGUCAGUAUCCCAGGGUCUGCAGUGUGUGCGUUCUCCAUGGAUGACAUAGAGAAGGUGUUCAGAGGACGAUUUAAAGAACAGAAAACACCUGACUCUGUCUGGACCGCCUUCCCAGAGGAGAGACUGCCCAAACCCAGGUAUGUACCUGUACCUUUACCCUAACCCAGGUAUGUACUGUACCUGUACCUUUACCCUAACCCAAACCCAGGUAUGUACCUGUACCUUUACCCUAUCCCAGGUUUGUACCUUUACCCUAACCCAAACCCAGGUAUGUACCUGUACCUUUACCCUAACCAUAACCCAAAACCAGGUAUGUCAGUCUCAAGUUUCAAGCCAGGUAUGUCAGUCUCUAACCCAAUCCCAGGUACUAUACCUACAGUAUGUCAGUGUCUAACCCUACCUCUAACCCUAACCCAGUAUGUCUCAGUAAGUGUAUGUCAGUCUGCACAACAACAGGUACAUGACCCCUCCCUUCAGUUUAUGAUGCCAGGCUGCGCAGAGCUUUAUUGUCACUAUAUCCUUGAGUUUAGGUCUCAUUGAGAUAAACCCUCUUUAACAAGAGAGACAUGGUCUAUGACCGCACACACACACACACACACACACACACACACACACACAGCUGGUGGUUAUUAGCAGUAAAUAAUUAAUCUAGAUAAUUAGACACGUUGCAUAUUUAACCUGCAUACGGCCAUUCACACACACACGUAGCUCAGCUCUCUGGCCCCACAAAAAGUCCACAGAGCUGCUCAUUAUCGUGGUAAAUAAUUAACAAACGUCUGAUUAUAGUCCUCUAUUAUCACUUCAUGUUUACAAUGAUACAGCAGCACGUCUCUUUGUUGACCUGACAGGCUUCUGCUCCUCUCUCAUUCCCUAACCCCUCUCCUCAGUUAAAUUCAAUAGAGUAAACUUUAUUAGUCCCUACAGGAUGAUGGUAGCUGGGCUCAUGUGUGACCUGUGUUGACCUUUGACCCCUCUCUGACCCCUAUGUCUCCAGGCCAGGCUGCUGUGCGGGUCAUGGCCAGGCUGAGUCCUAUAAGACCACUAUAGAGUUCCCUGAUGAGACUCUCCUCUUCAUCAAGUCCCACCCCCUCAUGGACGCCUCCGUGCCUAACAUAGGAGACGAGCCCUGGUUCACCAAGACACGCGUCAGGUAAGGACACACAAACACACACACACCAUAAGAGUUGCUUGAGUGAUCGGAAUUCCCGGGUUACCGUAAGACAAACACACCAUUCUACUGUAAGGACAAUCAUUUGGUUUCAUACACUCAACAAAAACAAGUAAAAAUGCACAUUUGUAGAUCAACAGGAGGGCCUUUAAAUACCGGCUUGAUAAUUCCUACUGAAGUCUGACUGUACUCCUGUCUUGUCCCUGUCUCUCUAGGUACAGGCUGACAGCCCUGGCGGUGGACAACGCGGCUGGUCCCCAUGGUAACUACACGGUGCUGUUCAUUGGUUCAGAGGCGGGCGUGGUGCUGAAGGUUCUAGCCAAGACUUCCCCUCUGUCCUUCGACGACAGCAUCCUAUUGGAGGAGAUUGACCUGUUCAACAGAGCCAAGUACGGAACACUCACUACACGUUUCUCACUGUCUCUCUCUCUUAGUCUCUGUCUCUCACUGUCUCUUUCUUAGUCUCUGUCUCUCACUGUCUCUCUCUCUUAGUCUCUGUCUCUCACUGUCUCUCUCUCUUAGUCUCUGUCUCUCACUGUCUCUCUAUCUUAGUCUCUGUCUCUCACUGUCUCUCUCUCUUAGUCUCUGUCUCUCACUGUCUCUCUCUCUUAGUCUCUGUCUCUCACUGUCUCUCUCUCUUAGUCUCUGUCUCUCACUGUCUCUCUCUCUUAGUCUCUGUCUCUCACUGUCUCUCUAUCUUAGUCUCUGUCUCUCACUGUCUCUCUCUCUUAGUCUCUGUCUCUCACUGUCUCUCUCUUAGUCUAUGUCUCUCUAUGUUAGUCUCUGUCUCUCUCUCUUAGUCUCUGUCUUUCACUGUCUCUCUCUUACUCUUUGCGUCUCUCUCUUAGUCUCUGUCUUUCUCUUUUUUUGGUCUCUUAUCUCUCACUCUGUGUUUUCUUUCUCUUUCCCUCUGUGUGCCUCUCAAUGUCUCUCUGUUUGUCUCUCACCGUCUCAGUCUCUCCUCUCUCUUCCUCUCUCUCUCGCUCUCCUCCUCUGUCUCUCUCUCUCUGUCUUCCUCUGUCUCUCUCUCUCUCUCCUUUGUCUUCCUCUGUCUCUCUCUCUCUGUCUCCAUCUUCCUCUGUCUCUCUCUCUCCUCUGUCUAACUCUCUCUCCUCUGUCUUCCCCUGUCUCUCUCUCUCUCUCCAUCUUCCUCUGUCUCUCUCUCUCCUCUGUCUUCCUCUGUCUCUCUCUCUGUCUCCAUCUUCCUCUGUCUCUAUCUCUCCUCUGUCUUCCUCUGUCUCUCUCUCUCCUCUGUCUUCCUCUCAGUCUCUCGUUCUCUCCUGUCAGUAAGGGUAUCAGGGCUAAACAGUGCCACUGUGAUUACAUCUGGAGAGUGAAACAGUAGACAGGCCUAUCUGAUAAACAACUGUUCAAGUAACCUGUAAUCUGAUUUCUGACUCUCCUCUCCAUCUCCCCCCUCCACCACCCUCCCUUUCUCGCUCUCCCCUACUCCCUCUCCUCUCCCAACCCCUCUCCUCCCAUUCUUCUUUUCUCUCUGUCUCCCAGGUGUCUGUCUAACAGUGAGGAUGACAGGCGUAUUUUGUCGCUCCAUGUUGACAGAGACACACACAGUGUGUACGUAGCUUUCUCCAGCUGUGUGGUUCGCAUGCCUCUCAGCCGCUGUGAGCGACACACUAACUGCCACAAGUGAGUCACCACACUGACACACACUCGUGCACUCAGACUCAGACUCACACACACAUUCAGAAACGUGCACACACUCCACUCAAAGGUUACUUUAUGCUGUGCCUGGUCACAGAUUUGUAGGUUUAUUGAUGUGUUUUUCUCUAUCUACAUGUUAUAAACAUUGAGAACACCUGCAGCACACUGGUUAAUAUACAGCCAGACAGAGGUUAACUGGUGCUGCCUAUUUAACCCUGUAUGGUGAACUGUAUAUUUACAGAUAUAUGUUAACCCUGUGUUGUGUUUCUCCCCUAGGUCUUGUAUAGCAUCCAGGGACCCAUAUUGUGGCUGGAUGCCUCAUGGAGCCUGUGAGAGGAUCCUGCCUGGAGUUCUGUGAGUACCAAGUAUUACAAUACUAAAUAGUAUGGAUACUCAGGGCUCUAAAGUGUGACCAAUUUGGUCGCAUAUGCAACAAACAUUUUUGCUGUGCGACCUGGAGUUUUUAAUUUGGGAUCACCAGUGCGACCAAAACAAAUCCAAUAUUUGUUUUUUAAUUCAUUUUAAUAAUAAUGUUUGUAAUGAUAAGGCUUCGCUGUACUGUUGUUUCCUGAGCGCAGAUUAGUUAGCAUCAUGCUUGCACCAUUAAUACAGCGAAAACUGCUUGUUUUUAGCCCAAACAGUUCAAAAGGUUUGACCCAUAUUACUGGCAAAACGGCGGCCGCAUUUUACAUUCAUAAACCAUGUCGCGGGCCGUUCUAAAACUACUCGCGGGCCGCAUUUGUUUUACACCUUGUUCAGUCAUGUUUGUUAGCUCAUUAGCUAGCUAGCUAACAACCUGCUAACUUUACCUGUAUAUCCAAACAUAGAAAGGGAUAGCUUCUUCAGGGAAUCAAUGAUCAAUGAAUGAAUGGCACAAUAAAUUGCACAAGCAUUUCUCUAGACCCGCAAUAACACCUCCUAAAUAUGUGUAUGCGACCAAUAAAAUGUUAUAUGAUUUGAAUGAGAUGUCUUGCAUUUCAUCAUCACAAACACUCUUAAAGAGACAGUGUACAAUUGUCAAUGUAAUGCAUCUCAAUACGAAAAUAGUGCUUUUACAUAAUGUAGAAACCUUAUAUUCCACAAAAUGACUUUUUCAUUUCAAUGACAGGUAUUUGUAUCAACAUUUUAGGUUUUUAUAAUAAACAAAUGUAUUUGCAGGGCACAACAUGGGCUUCAGAAGUAGCUAGACUUCAUAUAGGCUACAUCUCAAUCCAUUUAAAAGGAAAUGUUGAUGUUAGAGGGGUUUUGUUCUCUGCUCUAAUCUCUCUCUCUCUCUCUCUCUCUCUCUCUCUCUCUCUCUCUCUCUCUCUCUCUCUCUCUCUCUCUCUCUCUCUCUCUCUCUCUCUCUCUCUCUCUCUCAGGUCUGGUUAUGAGCAGGAUGUAGAGUUUGGGAACACGGUUCAACUGGGAGACUGCCAUGGUGAGCCCCUCCCAUUCAUACCAAUCCAGCUCUUUCUCUCUCUCUCUCCCUGUCACACACCAUCAGUCUGCACAACCAACCAGUAACACACUACCACUAACACCAGUAACCACACCAUACCAACACACCAAUCAGUAACCCUCCCUACAUGGUUCUAUGUUCAAUAUUAACACACACAUCUACUGUACAUCCACAUACUGUACACACCAGGCCACCUGUUACUAAUGCUACCUACCUGGAGGGAAGAAACAUAGACGUGCUCUACCAGUAGCAGUAGCAGUACUAAGACAGUGCUGCUAUAGGAGACACACCAGGCUGAACCAUAGAACUAGAACAGGGGAUAGAGGCCAUACAUACCUGUCUCUACUCCAGUCUAGACAAGACUGGGAGCAACAGGCCUACUCAGCCUUUAGCUUUUUAUCAUUUGAUUAAGAAGAACUACAGUCUUAGUUAUCAGGGCCUUCUUUUGUUUUGGGACUUUACUUUAGGGUUCCUUUAUACUGAUUUCUUGUUCCUCUAAUUGUUUUAGUGUUUUUGGCCACUACAUCAGCGCCAGAUCACAAAUCAUUUGGUGACCCGACCUCUGGUUAGUUGGAUCUUUUACUCCGCUGGUUUCUUUCUUUCCUUGAGUUCAGCUUCUCCGAACCCCUCUCUCCUUCCUUCCUUCAACGCUACUCACUCUUCAUCUUCUUAACACACCUAAUCUUCAACACCUUUUUAUCUUCACUUUCAUCAUCAUCACAACAAACAACAACAUCACUGGGUCACGUCAGAGAUCUCCAUCUCACCGCUGCACUGACUCACUUCCUCACUUCUUCUUCCUCACGCAUCACUUCCUGUUUACUUCCUGCAUGCUCACUCAGCCCCUCCCUCUUCUGACGUCAUCACUGCUAUGACAUCAUCGCUGCUGUGUACCAGAGACCUUCCUAAGACAACUCUCACCCUUUUCCCCUUUCAAACUGUAUCCUGUCUCAACAAAAUGAAUCUUACAAUUGUAUUUCUAUUACUGUUUAUGAUAAAUAAAAUAGCUCUUGAAUCAGAAAAUAUGUAUUAUUUUUUUCAAACAGCAUUAUCAUAAAACAUAAAACCUAUUAUGUUGCGUAAACUAACCCAUACGUGCGUACACAUACCAACCCAUGCCUACUAACCAGGAUGUAAGCUAACAGCCUGCUGGCCUCAUGUCUACACACCGUGUUAACACUUUGUUUGUCACCACAGACAUGGAGUUGUCAUCUACGUCAGUCACAGACCAGCCCAGUGGGCCAAUACACCCCCCAGUACCCCCAGUACUCACCCCCACCCUGAGCCCCCAUCCUGGGCUUGGUCCCGGGGAAGGGCCUGGGUUGGGGCCUGGGGCUGGUUCUCCAGAUCUGUAUGGCUCAGGGUUUGUGCAGCAGGAUGACCCGGCCACCUCCCAUUCACUAGAGUCACUCCCAGGGGGCCUAGAGGGUAAGGCCUAGCAGAGAGAGAGAGAACUGCUGCUACCAUGCUGUAUGGAACCCUGACUGUCCCAUAGCUGCUACACCAUACACACACAUACUCAUACAUACAGACACACUUCAUACACACACACACAGGGGCAGUAUUCACACAGACACAGGGGCAGUAUUCACACACACACAGUGGCAGGUAUUUGAGAUUACCAUCAGCUGAUAUAGCAGAUUACAUUUUUCUUUCUCUGAUUUUGUUAUGAUUUAUAUUUCAUCCAACUUCAUGUAUUUUGAUUUAUUCAUUGGUUUAUUGUCAUGAUUAUAAUGAUUUUCUACAUGGUGAAAAUAUUUUCUCCCAUAUUAAACAAUUCUUUCAAAUCUUAUCUUCAAACCUUCUGUACUUCUAUAUUCUUUCUUCAGACUCUUUUCUUUGACCCUCGUUUCUCUCUCUGCCAGUAGACCCUAUAACCCUGGCUGGUACAGUUUAAGGUUAACCCUGUUCCUGGGUGUAAAGGGUUAACCCUGGGAGUUAGGAGUUAGAGCAUGUCCCAGGCCUGUCCAUUAACCCCUCCUGCUCCAGGACAUCUCUCUGUCUCUCUCCUGCUCUGUGGAUGACUAACUCUUCCAUGUCUGUGGUUACUAACAAAGCUGCAGUCUAGAAACAGAACAGCCUCACCAAGGACAAACUACAAUCCUCUUCCCUUUGACAACGCUGGAGAGUCAAUGGUUCAUUGUCUUUCUGAUAUUGGGAGAACAAGUCUAUCUCUGUCCUAGUUAGGAAUGCACUAACCCUCCUUUUUAUCUGGACAAAUGUUUGACAUUUGGUAGGAAAAAAGCAACACUUCAAUUCUUCCUCUUCAAACUAACAUACCACUACUUCUUCUAGAUUGGCUUACAUCACCGGACUGGUUGUGGGAUCCUAACCAUUUUCACCAUGUAUUUACAAUUUAAGAAUGACGAGAGUGGAAGCCAAUCUGAAUGGUUUUGGUAACGUUAAAAUCCCUGUUGGAUAGCGGACAGAAUACCUUUAAGGGGAAAAGCAGAGAAACCAUGCAUGACUGAGUGUCCACAAACACACACAGACUCACCUGCUAUAGAGGUGUGGUGUAGAGCUAUGAUUGGCUGUGUCGGGGUGUUCGUUAACCAAUGGGGUGUGUGACUUCAGGUGUGUGGGAGAUCCAGGCGGGAGAAGCCAAUCAGAUGGUCCACAUGAAUAUCCUGAUCAGCUGUGUGUUGGCUGCCUUCCUCCUGGGGGCGCUAGUGGCAGGCCUGGUGGUCUUCUGCUACAGAGACUCCUUCCUCCGCCACAAGCCCCGGCACGCCCACAAAGACGCAGAGUCAGCCCCCUCCUGCAGCGACUCCACCGGAUCCUUCGCUAAACUCAACGGGCUCUUCGACAGUCCUGUCAAGGUAACCUGGAGACCUGAAUACAGAGUGCAAUUUAAGAGUCAACACAUUAUUCAGUAACAGAGUGUUACUGAUUGACAUUGUCUUGUGUCUUAUGUAGAUAGAUAGAAGCAGAGUGCGAAUUACACUGUGACAUUCGGGAGGGGGGGGGGGGGGGGGGUCUCUACUUUUUUUGGGGGCUUAAUAAUAAAGACAUCAUUUUAGGGUAAAAAAUGAACUACCUUUUAAUGUGGCAUGAACACAACCAGUCAUGCUUUCAUCUGAUUGUCAAACAAAUCACUUCAAAAUGUAGGCUACCUGUGCAUGUUCGUCCACUCCACCAUUCAUUUUUCCGAUAGGGGAUUUUAGAAACACUUAAAAUAAGGGCUUUGUUUCGUGUGGGCUUACCCUGGUGUGACGUUUUGAUAACCGUAUAAAUCUCUCUAGGACAAGGUGAUUUUUAUCAAUAUAGUUGCCUGUAUUUAUCCCCCCAAAAUGAUACGCUAAUUAGCUGCUAAUGUGGCUAUCAUAAAGAACUACAAAUGCCAUGAUGAUCUGGACGAGACUGCCGAAUAGAGGCAAAGGUAAGAAUCUCUGGAUUAACUAUCUAAUGUUAGCUAAAUGUAGCAAUGAAUAAAUUGGCUACAUUUCUUUAAAUUGACAAUUCUGUAAACUGUCUUGUGCACGUUUUAAAUUGACACAAUACCUGUUAGCAAAGGUGUCAGCUAGAGAUGAUGUGCAGGAGCUUGCAGGGAUUUGUAGUCUUGCAUGAUGUCUAUGUUUAUGCUAAUUAGCGUUUUAGAAUGUAAGAGUAAAUAGAGCCGAAUAUAUUGAUAAAAGUCACCUUGUCUGAGAGAGAUUUACAUGGAUAUCAAAAUGUCACGCCAGGGUAAGCCUACACAAAACACAGCCCUUACUUUAACGUAAUUUAGCAGACGCUCUUAUCCAGAGCGACUUACAGUUAGUGAGUGCAUACAUUAUUUACUAUUAUUAUUUAUUCAUACUGGCCCCCCGUGGGAAUCGAACCCACAACCCUGGCGUUGCAAACGCCAUGCUCUACCAACUGAGCUACAUCCCUGCCGGCCUUUCCCUCCCGUACCCUGGACGACGCUGGGCCAAUUUGUGCGCCGCCCCAUGGGUCUCCCGGUCGCGGCCGGCUACGACAGAGCCUGGAUUUGAACCAGGAUCUCUAGUGGUACAGCUAGCACUACGAUGCAGUGCCUUAGACCACUGUGCCAUUCAGGAGAUACGUGUUUCUAAAAUCCCCUAUGGGAAAAAUGAAUGGUGGAAAAACGAUUGGAACCAUUUCCCUGUAUGACCGCUAGGUUUUAUGGGUAUUAAGCCUCCUGUAGCUCAGUUGGUAGAGCAUGGCGCUUGCAACGCCAGGAUUGUGGGUUCGAUUCCCACGGGGGGCCAGUAUGAAAAAUGUAUGCACUCACUAACUGUAAGUCGCUCUGGAUAAGAGUGUCUGCUAAAAUGUAGGUACAUUUAUGACAUCUCCACUGUGGGGCUCUAUUAACAUGAACUUCAAAUAGGACUACCGGUAGCCAGUGAUGUAGUGGUAAAAAAAUUGGUGGGUAAACUCUGAUUGCCGGUCGCGGAAAAAAAGUUACGCUCCCUAUCCUUUCAAUGCAUUUUUCUGAAAAAGGAGGGUAAACUGCAUUUAGUUGCAUUUACCCUCCACUAGGCCUAUGCCUACCCUCUCAGCCGAGGCCAUUUUACACACAUGAACACACACAGAACAGGUAGCCUACAUUCAAUAUAAUACACAAGUUGAAUCAAAACAUGGUUACACCAUAGUUCAUGAGUUGUCCAUAAUUCAAGACAUGAAUGCUUGGAGUCUUCACAGAUCGUGUGAAAUAAACGACAACCUUUCUUUCCUUACAUUUAAUGACAUUUAUGACCGUGCUAUUUGUAAUUCUUCAGCAUUUAACAAUUGAUUUAGAACAUUGAACUUAAACCCUGUACUAUUCCUGGAUCUUGGAGAUCUCUGAAAAAGCACUGUAAGUGUAACCAUGGCUACGUAAAUUGUCAUUAUCCAAAAUAAUGUAGUCCUAUGCCAUUGCCAAAUCGAAUGCUUCUAAAGACUCUACUAUAGGCCUACUGUCAUUCAUGUUGGCUGGAUUGGAUGCGCAUUGGUGUUUAGCUGUAGGCUAGUUGUCUAGUGAUAUUGGAGACAAUCAUCAGUGGAUCCAGGCAAGAAAACAAAUAUUGAUAGAAAAUAAUCAAGCUAAAUAAAUGGUCUACUUGUGGUCACGGACGGCACAGAGACCACCAAUACCCGCGCGCACCUAAACAGCUGACUGACAAAAGCAAACAAUGAUGUAUGAACAGAUACAUUUAAUGCAUUGGAAUAAAGGCAAAGGCUAUUUUUAUCAAGGGCACAUGGCAAACACAUGGCGAAAAUGAGCAAGUACAAAGAAAAAUCUAUGCGUUUAAAGGAGCUCAGCUGAGGCUGAAAUUCAGCACUACUGAGUGGACAGUGCUGUGGACAGGGAGACGGUUUGUGCAGCCACAGUUUGUGCAGCCACGGUUUGUGCAACCACGGAGAAAUAAAUGGUUUAAACCACGACAGAGAGGUGGGGGUGUUCGAUUAAUUUGUAAACUUUUAUUUUCAUAUUUACCACUGUAAAACAUAUUUACCACUGCAUUUUAAACAAAUAGGAGAAUGGUUAAAUUAGCAUUAUUUAGAGACCCCCCCCCCCCCCAAAGUUGGACUUUUGUUUCAUUUAGGGGAGCUAAUGUCUCAUUCAUGGUAGCUGAGCCCCCCCUGGCUCCCCUGUAAUUCACACCUGGAUAGAACAUUUACAGUGCCUUCGGAAAGUAUUCAGACCCCUUGGCUUUUACCACAUUUUGUUAGGUUACAGCCUUAUUCUAAAAUCGAUUACAUCGGUUUUUUCCCUCAUCAAUCUAUGCACAAUACCCCAUAAUGACAAAGAAAAAAAAGGGUUUUUAGAAAUGGUUGCUUAUUUAUUAAAAAUAAAAAACUUAAAUAUUACAUUUACAUAAGUAUUCAGACCCUUUACUCAUAUACUUUGUUGAAGCACAUUUGGCAGCGAUUACAGCCUCAAGUCUUCUUGGGUAUGACGCUACAAGCUUGGCACACCUGUAUUUGGGGAGUUUCUCCCAUUCUUCUCUGCAGAUCCUCUCAAGCUCUGUCAGGUUGGAUGGGGGGUGUCGCUGCACAGCUAUUUUCAGGUCUCUCCAGAGAUGUUCGAUCAGGUUUAAGUCCGGGCUCUGGCUGGGCCACUCAAGGACAUUCAGAGACUUUUCCUAUGCCACUCCUGCGUUGUCUUGGCUGUGUGCUUAGGGUCGUUGUCCUGUUGGAAGGUGAACCUUCACCCCAGUCUGAGGUCCUGAGAGCUCUGGAGCAGGUUUUCAUCAAGGAUCUCUCUGUACUUUGCUCCGUUCAUCUUUCCCUCGAUCCUGACUAGUCUCCCAGUCCCUGCCGCUGAAAAACAUCCCCACAGCAUGAUUCUGCCACCACCAUGCUUCUCCGUAGGGAUGGUGCCAGGUUUCCUCCAGACGUGACGCUUGGCAUUCAGGCCAAAGAGUUCAAUUUUGGUUUCAUCAGACCAGAGAAUCUUGUUUCUCAUGGUCUGAGAGUCUUUAGGUGCCUUUUGGCAAACUCCAAGCGGGCUGUCAUGUGCCUUUUACUGAGGAGUGGCUUCCGUCUGGCCACUCUACCAUAAAGGCCUGAUUGGUGGAGUGCUGCAGAGAUAGUUGUCCUUCUGGAAGGUUCUCCCAUCUCCACAUAGGAACUCUAGAGCUCUGUCAGAGUGACCAUCGGGUUCUUGGUCACCUCCCUGAUCAAGGCCCUUCACCCCCGAUUGCUCAGUUUGGCCAGGCGGCCAGCUCUAGUAAGAGUCUUGGUGGUUCCAAACUUCUUCCAUUUAAGAAUGAUGGAGGCCACUGUGUUCUUGGGGACCUUCCAUGCUGCAGAAAUGUUUUGGUACCCUUCCCCAGAUCUGUGCCUCGACACAAUCCUGUCUCGGUGCUCUACGGACAAUUCCUUCGACCUCAUGGCUUGGGUUUUUGCUCUGACAUGCACUGUCAACUGUGGGAUCUUAUAUAGACAGGUGUGUGCCUUUCCAAAUCAUGUCCAAUCAAUUGAAUUUACCACAGGUAAAUUUACCACAGACUCCAAUCAAGUUGUAGAAACAUCUCAAGGAUGAUCAAUGGAAACAAUGCACCUGAGCUCAAUUUCAAGUCUCAUAGCAAAGGGUCUGAAUACUUAUGUAAAUAAGGUUUUUCUGUUUUUAAUUUGUAAUUGUCUAAAAACCUGUUUUCACUUUGUUAUUGUGUGUAGAUUGCUGAGGAUUUUAUUUUAUUUUAUCAAUUUUAGAAUAAGGCUGUAACGUAACAAAAUGUGGAAAAAGUAAAGGGGUCUGAAUACUUUCCGAAUGCACUGUAUGUAUACAUGUAUGUAUGUAUGUACGGUAUGUGUUGGCUGGAGGAACCAAAUGAACAAAGCCCUCUCUUCUGUCUUCCUUUCCUGUCUUGUCUCCAGGAGUACCAGCCAGGUCUGGACUGUCCCAAGCUGUACACCAACCUGCUGAGCAGUGGUAAGGACCUGACGCCUAAUGGAGACACCAAGACCAUGAUCCUCCGGGACGGCUGUCAGCCCCCCGAGCUGGCCGCCCUGCCCACCCCCGAGUCUACCCCUGUGCUGCAGCAGAAAGGCCUGCAGCCAAUCAGGAACCAGUGGGAGCGAGCCAAUCACCACGGGAAGAUCAAUGGAUCCAGGAAGAGCUCCAACUCUACCUCCUCCUCCUCCAUCGCCAAGAGUCCCCAAUUCCACCCCAGUUCCUCCCCCCCUCCUCACCCCCAGCCACACCCCCACCCUGCGCUGGGACACCCCCACAUCCCUAGCGCCGUCGUCCUUCCCAACGCCACGCACGAAUACCGCAGUGGUUACCAUGGAAACCCGGCCGAUGACGUCACGCCGCCUCGCACCCUGGACAGGAAGCCUCAGAACAUGGAACACCUGCAGGCCACGCCCCCUCAUUCUAAAGGAAGCAGGAAGGAGCAGAAGAGGUCACUGGAUGCCAGGAACACUCUGAACGACUUGCUGAAACACCUGAACGAUGCUAACACGGCUAAUGCUAGCUCUAAGGCUAUCCUCCAGGAGGGGGCCGGCUCAGCGCCCCGACCCAGCAGGCAACACCUGAUGCUGGAGCCUCUAGGGGACAUCACUGAGGUUCCCCCCAAGGUCCCCAGCCGAGAGGCCUCUCUCUACUCCCCCUCCUCCUCCUCCUCCUUGCCCAGGCACAGCCCCACCAAGAGGGUGGACGUCCCCCUGCCCUCCACCCCCAGCUCCCCCACAGGCAGCCUGGGUAUGGGAGGAAGCAUGAGCGGCACCCUGGAGAGGAGGUACGGCUCUCAUCACAGGAGCUCCUCCCACAGACACUCCCUCACCUCCACCUCUCCUAACGGGGUCAGUAUGGGGGUGUCGUUGUCCCGCCAACACAGUAUGAACAGAGGGGGGUACAUGCCCCCCACCCCUCCCUCCAGACUGGACUCCCAAGGGGGGCUCCACUCCCCCCAUCAACACCCCCACCCCCCCUCCCUGUCCCGCCAGAGCAGCUACAGUGGGCACUGCUCGCUCCCCCGCCAGGGGCUUAAACGGACACCGUCCCUAAAGCCUGACGUCCCCCCUAAACCCAACGCCUUCACCCCACAGACUCCUCAGAUGAGGGUGGUCAACAAGUACAGCUACUAG